UGGAAAUGAAAAUUACAAAACUUGAAAAAUACGAAAAACAAAUUUAUUAUAUGGAAAAUAUUUUGAUUUUCCUCUUAAUUGAUGCACUAAUUAAGGAUUAAAAUUUAAUAUAAAAACAAAAUAUAAAUUAAAUAUAAAAACACAAAAUAUUUUGUUUUUGGUUUACUUAAAUGCACAAUUAUGGCAAUAAUGAGAUCAUGUUGUUUUUGGAAAACUGUACGAAGUGGAAGUUAUGCGUGUGCAAUUUAUACACUGCUAUAUUUUGGAAUGUCAUGUUUAAUAGCUUCUUCAAAUUUAAUCGAAGAGAAAAGAUAUUUAAAAGGUGAAACAAAUAAACCGACAACAGAAACUUUUAUAGAAAAUGGAACAAUUUCUCCAACUACUGUGAUAUUUAAUAUUUUAUUAUUAAUAUGCUCAUCUUCUGGAUGUUUGGCGUCAAUCUUGUUAAUUAUUGGUCUAAGGAAGGAUAUUAGAUGCUUUUUAAUACCAUGGAUUUUAGUUUUAUUAUCAGAUUUAUUUUUAGAAUUAGCGCAUUUUAUAUUUUUAAUAGUUAUUGAAACAAUGGAAUUUAAACCAGUUUUAGCAACGAUAUUUACAAUAGACUUUUUUAUUAUGUGCUUAAAUAUUUAUUGCUUGUUAUGUGUGAUAUCGCAAUAUCAGGAAUAUAAAUGUGGCAGAGGAUACAGGAAAAAGCAAUCAAAACUUUUAGAAAUUAAUGAUACAUAUAUACUACCUCAAGCAUCAGCCAAUGGAGACUGUCUAUCAAAUAUAAAUAAAAGAAAAGAAUCAAUAAGUCCAAAAAAUUCUAAGCAUACAAAUUUUCCAAUAAUACCAGAAGAACCAUCCCAAGCAACAGACCAGAAUUAUGAUGAAGAAGGUUUCAUAACAAUAUGUAAUAGUAAACCAAAUAAAGAUGAUGAACAAAUAAAUGUUAUAAUAUGUAGUCCAACAACAUCAUCAAGUAAGAAGCAAGUACAAUUUAGAGGAUUAAUAAUUGAUUCAUGUAAAAAUUUCACUUUUGGAUUAGGUUUAGGUUUAGGUAGAGGCAGCCAUCCAAGGCCACUUAAACCCGUUGUGAUCUCCAUGUCCCCAACCUCACGUGAACCAUCCCGAGUCAUUUAUAAAUCUGUAUAA